AUACUUACUUUGAGCCGGAAGUAUUCCUUUUAUUGCUCGUCGGAAGCCGAAAGUGAAAGGGUUGUAGAUGACUCAGUCAGUCUGAGGAGUGGCUACACCACCGUUUAUAGAGAUCUAGGUGUUAGUUAGAUUUCCUUUACAGCAGCCAUGGAGCUUCUUGUUCUUCUGUCUCUUUGCUUGCUGACUUUUAUUGGAAAAACGUUUGGUGAUGAUUCUAUCAAGAUUACCAUCAAAGAAGACGAGGAUAUCAUCCUAAAUUGCUCUUUUGGGACAGACAUUACAGGUCAUCGCAUUGAGUGGAAAAAAGAUGACAACGAUGUUUUUUAUUUUGAUUUCGGAAAGGAGGAUCCUACAGUUGAGAAUCCAAAGUUUAAAGACCGGGUCUCUCGUUUUUCAGAAGAUCUAAAGUCUGGAGAUGCUUCUGUAAAAAUCAAGGGAGCAAAGGUUUCAGACAGUGGGAAAUACACCUGCUUGCAUAUUAGUGAACCUGGAAAAGCUCCAGUACACCAGCGGCUUAUUGAGCUUACUGUUGGUACCUGUCUACCACCAGUUAUCAGGACUCUUGAGGAAAAAGGGGAUGGGGUGAAGGUUGAAUGCAUAGCUGUUGGUGCUUAUCCAGAACCUAAGAUGGAGUUGAAGAAUACAGAUGAUAGAGCUAUUCCUCCUGAAGUUUAUAACGUAUCUCAGAAUGGAAGCUACUUUGACAUUACACUCCUCGCUGUUGUGACCAAGGAAGACUAUUACCAUUGUGCUGUGAUGCAAGAAGACAUCUGCCAUCAAAUUUACUCUAGGAAGACCAAGGUGCGCAUGCCUUCUGGUCCAUCAUAUCUCCUCAUCGUUUUCAUUAUUCUCUUCGUUAUCACCCUCAUUGGUCUCAUUUGGAGUUUAGGAUUUAUUUUGAAGAAUAAAAAAAAACUUUCUGGUGAACAUCAACAAAUGCCUGAUAGCGAGGAUCCCUUGAAUCAAACAGUAUCAGAAUAACUGAUAUGAUGAAAAUUAUUGGUUUUUAUUUUACAGCAUAUAUUGUGUAAAAAAUAAACAAAGCUAAAUUCCCUCCAAUGUUUUUAGGACAUUUAAAGAGUCUAUCUGUUAAUAUGAUUCAAUCAAAGAUUACCACACUG